AUGUGGGCUCUCGCUUUUAUCCUAUCUUUACUCACUGCCACGCAGCCGACAUUCGCCUUCGUCACUGGGGGUGGCCAAGGUGAUAAAGAAUUCGGUCUCAAAAUAGAUGGCGCUAUAACAAUGCCAAAGAAUACAGGUUACACUUUUGCAACUGACGCUAUCAGCGCAACGUCGACUCCAUUAAUUAUGCAAACAAACACUGGAUACUCUGAAUCAUCGAAUUUCCCUGAAUAUGGCACAGAACAGUCUACACUUGAGUUUGAAGUUGGGGAACACGAAGGCAGUGGUGUGACAGAGCAGUCUCUUGAAGCAGUGAUUAACGACAGCGCUCACGUCACUAAGGAGUAUGAGUCUACUGAUUCAUCAGGUAUUGAGGCGGACAGGAACGCUGCAACCAUUAAAGGAGGACUUAAAAUGAAUACGGAAGAGUUCAAUGAAAAUGCUACUACAGUUUUCGAUGACAAGGAUUCUACUGGUGAAAGUGCAUACCCGGAAAGCAAAGUAGAAGGUGAAGAGGGAACUAUGCAAGAUGUUGAAGAAGGCCAUGUAAAUGAAUCUGAAGAGAAGAGGGAGGAGGUUUUAACAGGUAAAGCUAAUGCCGGAGAUGAUGAAGCUUUAACUGCUGUAACCGUCGACACGGGAUCCACCAUCGAAAACAUAAAUCAAGAAAAUAAAGCAAAUGAAAACGAGACUUCGCCAAACCCUGAUACCAAGAAUGCUAAUGAAGUACCAGUUGAUAUCACCGGUACCAUGGAAACUGAAAAACUGAGUGAUCACUCUAUAAAUCCGUCGGAAGCUCCAUCAACUCAAGCGGCUAAAAUUGAUCAAGGAGAAGAGGAAACCUUGACAAUCGAGAAGAAAGGAAUCGCUGAGAGCUCAGCUGGUGUUUUUAGUGAUGCAGAAAAUAGGCUUGAAGACACCGAGAUCCAUGAGUGGGACAGCGAAGUGACCGCAAAAGCGACUUCACUUGCUACCGAACAAUCAACAAGCACGGAUUCUACUGUAGAUGAAAAUACAGCCGAGGAGUCGAUUUAUACCAAAAAUGUUGAAGAGGAAGAAAUUCUGGAAGAAAAAGUAGAGAAUGUUGGGAUGGAGGAAGUAAUAAAGGAGACAACCACAGGAACGUCAGAAGCCGUUGUGGGACCUGACGGUUCAAGUUCACCGCCCCUAGGUGGCUCCACAACGGAAGGAACCGAUGCAGAUAUCUCGAAUAGUCGUGUAGCAACUGUGAAAACAUACGCCGCAACCGCUAACAAAACCGUCCAAUUGAAUGCUCCAUGGUUUAAGUCCCUUCGCAUGGACAUCGUUCAGAGCCUUUACGAAGUAAAGGACAACAUUUAUCAGGCUGCCACUUCAUUGCAAAAGGCUGUGGAGGUCAUACAGGAAGUCAUGGUGUCAUUUGUUGAUGGUGUUCAAGCCUAUACUCUAAAGGGCACUUCUUAUGACCUCGCAGAUGACGUACCAAUUAAAUUAUCGGUCCUGAGGAAGAAGAGUGAAGAGUGGCUGGCGAAGCAAACAUUUUCAAGCUCACUGAUUUGA